CGAAACGGGUUCUAUGAAGCAUCGACAGCACUCGAACUCUGCUAGGGGUGGUUGACAUCAAAGCUGCUGCUCAUGAUUUACUCUCCUGCUCUUUCGCUCUCACGAGACGACUCUACAGCCCGCACACACAACCAGCCAGGCCCAGCAUGUCACAGAAAAUCAAUUCGAAAAACCUCUCGUACAAUUCUUCUCUCCCGCCCUUUCUCGCCGCUCUCCGCGCCCAAGCAUCUGGCGCUUCAGGCCCAGACCCUAUCCUUUCAGCACAGCGCCGAGGAGGAAAGAAGAGAUCAAGCAGCGAGGAAGCAGAGGAUGCCCCGCUGAUUGUGGACGAAGAGGGGAACACGGUUGGUGACCUGAAAGUCAAUAAAGACGGCACCGUCGAGGAAUUGCCGAAUGACAGCGGCAAUGAUGGGACAAAGGACGGAGAUGCAGAGACAACGCAAAGCAAGACGAACAAGACGGAGCCUGAAACGGCCAAAGCUUCGAUAGGAGGGAGGAAACGCAAGGUUGGCAAGGUGAUUGGAGAAGACGCUGAAAACAGUGAGCCCGAGACUGCUGCUGCACACCAGAAGAGUGAGCCAGUGAAAAAGGAUCAAAAGGAUGCUGAGCAACAGGCUGCCAAUCGGAAACCUAAGAAGAAGGCAAAGAAGAUUAAGCUGAGCUUUGACGAAGAGGAGGGCUAACGGCGCAACCAAACAACACUACGAAAGAAGAAGCAUC